AUGACGCUCUAUAAGGAAGUUAUCAAGUUCAAUCCUCCUGGAUUUCCGACAAAUAAGUGUCCUGCAGGUGGGCUGGCAAGCAACCCUUCAAGUGUUGUAUGUUUCUAUCACAUAACAGAUCAUUGUUUAGUAUGCGUCAGCGCAACGGGUGAGGUGGCAACUAUACCAACAUGUCGAGUCUUUAAUCCAGGUGGUAGAGAUGGGAUAGAUCGUCCCCCUAAAAUACCUAUCAACGAUUACAUCAUCGGUAAACUGACCAAAGAAGAUGGAAGAUUGUGUUAUAUGUUGUACCCAAAGAACAAAUUUAACACAGGUUUCAAGAAAAAAGCAUCAAACACGUUAUAUGUAAACGACGUUCACGAUGGCGGGGUCGCAAUCGAUGUCGGCAUGGCCAAAAAUUAUAAAAAGAGUCGCAACUGGUUGAGAGUGAGGAGUUUUCUGGAUAAAGGGGAGCUAAUAUACAAAAAGAAAAACUAUUGCGGAUUCCUGCAUGUUAUACCGAAACCAAACACUGAUCACGACGAAUUCGAAGAUUUGUUAAGUUACGCAUUCAACAAGUUUUUUGUUGAUAUUGGGAUAGAUCGUCCCCCUAAAAUACCUAUCAACGAUUACAUCAUCGGUAAACUGACCAAAGAAGAUGGAAGAUUGUGUUAUAUGUUGUACCCAAAGAACAAAUUUAACACAGGUUUCAAGAAAAAAGCAUCAAACACGCUAUACGCAAACGACGUUCACGAUGGCGGGGUCGCAAUCGAUGUCGGCAUGGCCAAAAAUUAUAAAAAGAGUCGCAACUGGUUGAGAGUGAGGAGUUUUCUGGAUAAAGGGGAGCUAAUAUACAAAAAGAAAAACUAUUGCGGAUUCCUGCAUGUUAUACCGUAG